AUGUUGGCCGAAGCUGUGACAGUUGACACUGCACCAUUCAACGCCUCUGACCACGUCCGCAUACGGGAGUGGGCUAAGUAUGACAACGAAACCUACACUGAGAAUUUCACCGUACCUACCUGCGACGACCGCAAUCUGAGCAGCGGUUGGGGUAACAGGUUCCCUAUUCACACCGACUACGACGUGGCACUGAACUUUCCCAUUGUGGACAUCCUACACUUCUAUCCCACCACUCCCGUCACCAACCGUAUUACCGGUCGCAGCGUUCAUGCAAAAGUCGUAUGUUUGAAACCUGGGAAGGUGCAGGACGGAAGUCGGGCUCCGAUAAGUGCGAAAGCGGUGCUUGACGAGAAAUUCGGUCCACGGGAUGGAGAAGACUCUCAGGAUGGGGAUGAUGCUCAGGAUGACGAGUCUAGUGCCGAGAGAGCCAUUGGAUGGAGUGGCAGGGUUGUAUUCGCAUCGAUGGUUGGCACGAUUGUUGGAGUCUGGCUCGGUCUGUAG